AUGUCAGCACCUACCCCUACGUCUACAUCGUCGAAUAUCUACAAGGAAGAUGUAGAUUUUGCAGAGCUGGCCCUGCAAGAUGCCGAAUUUGCCAAGGUGCUGAAGCCAAAUGGACAACUAGAUUUUAGUAAUCCCGAAUCAGUAAAGCAGCUAACCACAGCCUUGCUGAAGAGGGAUUUCGGCUUGAAGAUCUCGCUGCCUCCUGAUCGACUCUGUCCACCAGUCCCAAACCGAUUGAACUAUUUGCUUUGGAUUCAGGGACUACUGGAUACAACUAGCAGUAAUUAUUCAGAUGCUUAUGACCCCCAAAGAGAGGUCUUUGGACUUGACAUUGGCACGGGAGCAAGCUGCAUUUAUCCCAUGAUAGGAUGUACACAACGUCCAAAAUGGAGGUUUGCUGCUACAGGUAGACCGAGAAAUUCCCUUAUAACCUUGAAGCUUUUACGAAUAAUACUAUUAGAUAUCGACGAGAAGAGUCUGCAAUUCGCAACGCAGAAUAUCGAACAGAACGGAUUACAGAAUCGGAUCAAGCUUCUUCAAACGCAGAGGAGUGAUCCUCUACUGCCUCUUGAUAUUAUGAGAAUUGAAAACAUCGACUUCAGCAUGUGUAACCCCCCAUUCUACGAAUCAAAGGCAGACAUGCUCACCUCUGCUGCCGUGAAGCAACGCCCGCCAUUCACAGCAUGCACGGGAUCAGAAAACGAGAUGGUCACCCCCGGUGGAGAAGUUGCCUUUGUAUCGCGUAUGAUUAACCAGAGUCUUGUUCUACGAGAGCGGGUCCAGUGGUAUACGUCCAUGCUCGGGAAGUUCUCGAGUCUGGCUACUCUAAUCGAGGAACUCAAGAAGAAUGGCAUUGAGAAUUAUGCGGCUACUGAGUUCGUGCAAGGUAAUCGGACGAGGAGGUGGGCGAUCGCAUGGAGCUUUGAUGAUCUGAGGCCUCGAAUGGCUUUCUCCAGAAAUGUGAAUAGCAUCCCGAAGACCUUGCUGCCGUUUCCUUCCGAAUAUCACAUCGCGUUUGGCAGUAGUAGUGAUACUGGAAAAGUCAGCCAACAUAUCAAUGACGUUCUGUCUGGGCUCCCUCUGAAGUGGAUGUGGAAGCCCAGCAUCUUAGUAGGUGUGGGUUUCAGCGACAAAGCAGUAUGGUCGCGCGCGGCCCGCCGGCAUAUGGCUAAGAAGGGACAAGAAGGCUCUGAAGAAGAAGAAGAAGAGGAUGACGAUACAGAUAUAGCGUUGGGAUUCAAGAUCUAUGUCGAAGGAGUCGCAGAAUCAGAGACAUUGAAUAGGGUCACGGUUCGAUGGAUAAAAGGGCAUGACAAUGUGCUUUUCGAGAGUUUUUGCGGGAUGGUGAAGAGAAAGAUAGAUGAAGUAAUCAGAAAUUAA